GAAGCCGAGUGAUGCGGAUCAGCUGACCGUGCGGCUCUGUCGUCCUUCCAUGGAUCAUCUCUGACUUUAACGAAUACAAAAACAUAAGAAUCCGUUUCUGAUCGAUUAGUCGAUCGGACCGAACACCGACAUGCCGUCGCUUCUGUUCUGCGGGCCGAAGAUGGCCGCGUGCGGGAUCGUGAUCAGCAUCUGGGGGGUCAUCAUGCUGGCGAUGUUGGGAAUAUUCUUCAGCGCCAAGUCGGCCGUGCUGAUCGAGGACGUCCCGUUCACUGAGGAGGACAUCCGCAACGAUAAAAAUCCUCCAGGGAACAUCUACAGUCUCUACAACCAAGUCGGCAUCAACUGCUUCAUCGCCGCCGCCAUCUACGUGGUGGUGGGCGCCGUCUCGCUCUGCCAGGUCCGACUCAACAAGCGUCAGGAGUACAUGGUUACAUAAACCGACGCCAAGGAGCCGCCGUCAGCUGCCGUCUCACCGCGGAGUUUAUGUUACAACUUCCUCUCUAACCGGCCAAUCAGCAGCUGAGGCCACUCACACAGGGGUGCUGUGGGCGGGUCAGAUUAUUUAUUUUAAACCUUUGAAGUUUGUUGUUGUAUGAAAUGUCGAAUCAUUCCUCUGAGCGAGUUCGCGCAAACCUGGGAACUCCUGUUUGUUACAUUUAUUUCAUCACUGAUUGAGAUUUAAAUUGUCCGUCGCCGUUCGACGUUUGUUUUUCUGUCAGCUGCUUUAAAGAUUCGAACAGUGAAGUGUUUGCAGACGGCGACGCCGGGACAACCUGAGACGGUUUUAUUGUUGUCUGAAUUUUCCCGAUCGCUGGUGUUUCUCUUGAAGCGAUCGGAAACGCGGAGCUGCUGACGGCGAAUCUAAACGUUACGACGUGUUCAUGCUGUUUGUUUCUGAUCAUAGUGAAACGAGUCAAAUGUUACAAACUGUGGUGGAGAAAACUUUGCAAUAAAGUGUUUGUGUUUAAUGUGGA